AAUAUAGAAAAACUUCUCACAUUCCCACCUCAAUUUCUUACCGAGAAAAUGCCAAAGAAAACGUUCGAAAAAUUGACGCCGGCCAGACGUUCAAACCGACUCGAACUGAAACGCAUCAAAAGGAAUGCAGUUCAAUUGAUACCCUUUGAUGAGUCGUCAGGCAACCCGG